AUGGAGAUCAAGCAGUGCAACCCUCGUUUCCUCCUUAUAUUUUCUCUCUUUUUCACUACUAUUUCUUCAGGAGUGCACGACAUUGAUAGAUUACAGGCUCAACACCCUGGUCACCACCACCGCCAGCAUUAUAAUCAUCAUUAUUGCCGUCACGGCGGUGUAAAGCUUUUUGUAUUUGGUGAUUCUUUUGUUGAUACAGGAAACUUCAAUAGAAAUGGAGGCUCAUGGGUUGAACCUUAUGGUUACACAUUUCCUCAUAAACCUAGUGGUCGAUUUUCUGAUGGCCGGGUGAUUACAGAUUAUAUAGCAUCAUUUCUUGGCAUAAAAUCUCCAAUCCCUUACAGAUGGAGAAAAAUAGCCAACCAGGACCAGCUGCAACAUGGGAUGAAUUUUGCAUAUGGAGGGAGUGGUGUCUUUGACACUUGGAUCAAGAAUUUACCAAACUUGGAAACCCAAAUAAAUUCUUUGAAACAAUUAUUUGUUGAUCAAAUCUAUACCAAAAAUGACUUUGCUAACUCUGUUGUGCUUGUGUCUACAUCUGGCAAUGACUAUUCAUUUUAUUUAAGGCAAAAUGGCACCCUUCAGGAUAUGUCAAAUUUCACAAGAAGACUUAUAAACCAACUUGCCAAGAAUCUGAAACAAAUUCAUGAAUUGGGAGUUCAGAAAAUAGCAGUAGCAGGCAUAGGCCCUGCUGGAUGUUUCCCUCAGCAAACUGCUUCAUCUUCUUACAAAAUUUGCAAUGAAAACUUCAACUCAGCCUCAGAGUUUCACAAUGAUGUCCUAAAACGGGCAUUGCGGAAGCUCAACUAUGAGAACAGGAAAUCUGUGUUCAUAUUUCUUGAUUUCUACAGUACAUUUAAAUCCGCAAUUAACCAACACAAACACAGCUCAGGGAAUAUGGACUGCAAAAAUCCACUGAGGCCAUGCUGUGACGGUGUGACUAGCCAAAACGGAUGUGGGCAGGUUCACGAAAAUGGGGAAAGAAAGUAUGUGGUAUGCAAGCAUCCUGAGUUAUCAUUCUUUUGGGACUCGGUUCACCCUUCUCAGAACGGUUGGCAUUCUGUUUAUUUAUCUCUGCACCCUACUCUCAGAGAACUCCUCCUUCAUUGA